AUGAUUUAUCUAUUUAGUACAAUUAAAUGGCGGACAAAAACAAGAGCGAUGUUUGCCGUGUAUGCGGUGAUAAGGCGACGGGGUAAAUUCAGGUGCUAUUUGGGCGGCAAUUGUCUAAUUAAUCUCAAAAACCGCAAAACCUGUAGAAAAUGUCGUUUGGAUAAGAGUUUUGCCGUCGGAAUGAAAAUUGAACUAUUUUUCACUGAUGAACAAAAACAAAAGCGAAACUCUAUUAUUGAAAACAAUCGGAAACGAAAAUUAACUGAAACUCCGGUCACUAACGUUGAAAUAGCGGUCUCGACGGCCAGUCUAUCCCCGCAAACAUCGGCUACUUUUAGUGAAGAUAUGGCGACUCUGAGUUGUUCAUCGCAGUCAUCCAUGGAUUUUAAUAAUGAUAUUUCUAGUGAUAAUAGUUUUGCAAAUAUCUUAAUACCGGAAAAUACUCUAAAUAACAUCACAAACGAUACCAAUUCCUAUGAUUUUAGUCAAGCAAUUGUGCCAAUCGUGCGGCCGAUCACUGAUUAUAGCAAUAAUUUCAAUGAAUUAGAGGGCAAUCGAUUGAAUGAAUUGCUAAACGGUAUUAAAAUACUGGCUAUUCCUGCGGCCAAUAGUGGGAAGCGUUUUGAGUUAAACACAUUUCCCGAUGCAAUGAAAGCACUGAUCACCAGACAGGAGACCUCUAUUCAAAAACUCGUAGAAAUGUGCAAAACUAUUGGCCCUUUUAAAGCCCUGUGCGAACAUGAUCAAAUCAUCUUGAUCAAAUAUGGGGCCAUCAAGGUUAAAACUUUGCGUAUGCUUUUAGACUUUGACUAUGAAACGCAAGCCUGGACUCUGCCAAACGUGAGCCUAUUUACCAUAAUUGUUAUCUUCAUAAUGAAUAUGGGCCUCGACUGGGACUCAGAGACACUAAUUAUAGAUUUGUUGACGGCUAUUUUACUGUUCAAUCCAAAUCAACCCAACCUUAUCAACAAACACAUGAUUAAGUAUUAA